AUGACAAACAGGAUACUGAUAGAAGUUAUUCCGAAUGAUGAAAUUGAGAUAGUCAACACUGAAGAAGACUUUGAGAGACUAAAAUCCCACUCAAUAGUAUUGAAAGAAAAAUUCUCUUCAAAUGUAAUUCGAUUGCACUUAGAAUAAAAACUUCUAAAAGGAUAAAAGAAUUAAGUAGAUCUUAAUUACAAUGUUGAACUUGAUCCUAUUAUCCAGAAAAUUCUUUUGAGAUCUUGCAGUAAUCACUAGAAGCAUGGGCACUAUAUGAUCUUUAUCUAAGCCUAAGUCUUUGAUUUGGAAAACAAUAAAAUCUUAUUAGAUUAGAGGCUAAAUAUGGAAGGUGCAAUAUACCAUUAAAGUGAAUCAGAAAGAUUGAUUUCUCAUGGAAACUAUGAAAUGACAAAUAUUGCCAGCUUAGAUCCUUUAAAUCUUGCAAUAAUUUCUGCAAAUUAUCUAGAUAAAAGCAGAAUCAUCAAAUACACUUAGUCAUUACAAGACUAUGAAAAGAUACUAAGUACCAUCGUAUUAACUAUUAUCAAUGGAGACUACUGA